UUUCAAUCUUCUCUACCAAAAACCCUGCAAAAACCUCCUUCAAAUUCUGGAAAAUUCUUAAUUUUUAUCAAUUUUAUCAACUUCAGUAAGUUCCUCAGACACCCUUUUCAUUAUACAUGGCCAUGGAAUUAUGUUCAUUUUUCAAACCAAAUUCAUUUGAUCUCUCCUUCUCAUCUUCAUUGUCACACUUUCCUAUAAAAACCCAUGUAAAAAGUUCCAAGUUUGGUCCAAGAUUUCAUCUUUUAGCAGUUGCAGUAGACCCGAAAGGGCUCCCUCAAAAUAGUCCCCAAAGGCUUCUCAAAGAAUUAGCUGAGCGUAAAAAAGUAGUAUCCCCUAAGAGAAAAGUACCCCCAAAAAGAUUCAUACUAAAACCCCCUUUAGAUGAUGCUAAGUUAGCUGAAAGAUUUCUCAAUAGCCCACAGUUGUCUUUAAAGUCAUUUCCACUUUUGAGUUCUUGCUUACCAUGUUCAAGACUCAAUAAUGCUGAUAAAACAUGGAUUGAUGAGUAUUUGAUUGAAGCUAAACAGUGUUUAGGGUACCCUUUAGAGAGUUCUGAAAGCUAUGGGGAUGAUAAUCCAGCUAAACAAUUUGAUACUUUGUUGUAUUUAGCAUUUCAACAUCCUAAGUGUGAGAGGACUAAUGCUAGGCAUGUUAGGUCAGGACAUUCAAGAUUGGGUUUUUUAGGGGAGUAUGUUCUUGAAUUGGCGAUGUGCGAGUUUUUCUUGCAGAGGUAUCCUAGGGAGUCUCCUGGUCCAAUGAGGGAAAGGGUGUAUGCAUUGAUUGGGAAAAGGUAUAUGCCUAGGUGGAUUAAAAAUGCCAGCUUGCAGAAUUUGAUUUUCCCAUAUGAUGAUAUGGAUAAGUUGAAACGAUUGGAUAGGGAACCGCCGGUCAAAUCUGUGUUCUGGGCUUUGUUUGGAGCAAUAUACUUGUGUUUUGGAAUGCCUGAAGUUUAUCGGGUCCUAUUUGAAGUGUUUGGAAUGGAUCCUGAGGCUGAAGACUGCCAGCCCAAAUUGAGGAGACAGUUGGAAGACGUAGACUAUGUCUCAGUAGAAUUUGAAGGCAGAAAGCUUAGCUGGCAAGAUGUUGCUGCGUAUAAGUGCAAACAAUUGCAACUUGAAGAAAGGAAAUGA